GUGGAACAGAGGAGGCAGCAGCAGCAGCGUGGAGCUUGCUCUCUCUUUACCAACAACACGAAUCAGCAGCCACCAGAGAUUUCACAGGCAACAACAUUAAACUCUAUCAGCGCUGAAUUUGCUGCCUGGGGAUUUGGAGAUGAGACCCAUCACAGCGGCACUCAUUCUGCUUCUUGUAGCAGUCUCUACAUUGCAUGUUGAAGGUUCAAAGUGCAAAUGUUCCAGAAAGGGGCCAAAAAUAAGAUUUACAGAUGUGCAGAAACUAGAAAUCAAGCCAAAAUAUCCAUACUGUGAAGAACGGAUGAUCAUUGUAACCAUGCAGAACGUGUCACGGUUCCGAGGCCAGCAAUACUGCCUGCACCCUAAACUCCACAGUACAAAAAAAUUCCUGAAGUGGUACACAAUAUGGAAGGAUAAAAACAGAGUAUAUGAAGAUUAAAUGAAAACGCGGCUGGAAAGGAAUCUUGACGUGGGCCCUUUGGCUGAAGAGGUUAACGGAACACAGAUUCUUUCCUGUGCUUCACAUACAGAUGGUGUUUGGACUUUAUUACGAGGCACUCUUUAAGAAGAGCCAGUUUUAACGGUUUCUAGUCAUACACAGAGGGUUUUUUAGAACUCAUAAUUGUCUCCUACACUUCUGAGUUUAUAUACGCCUGCAUAUUCCAUGACAUUGGACUUGUACUGCCGUUCUUUUAUGAUCCAUAGUCUGCGCUUGUUUGAUAGGUUAAUAGAACUGUCUAUAUGAGCUUUAUAAGUUCAUUACAUGGGAAGGUACGCUAGUGUCCCCGAAUUUCCUCUUGAGCUGCCUACAUUGGCCGACAGCAGUAGAACUUCUCCUCUUUUUAAUUCAAACUCUUCUUCUCGUGCUGUAUACAUAAUCCAUAGCAUGGAAGGCCUUUGCCUGUAAAAUAGCUUGGACUCCUCUACAAAGUGUUACCUUUUAGUUGCAGCUUAAUGGCUUCAUAUUUUAAAAACUGUCACUUUGUGGAUAUAGCGCACUUUGAUAUCAUAAAGAUUCCUUCAAAAAUUCCUUUUUUUUUAAUCUCACAAAGUCUGGCAAAUGUUUGCUGGAUUAUUUAGCAUGAGGAAAUGUUUUGGUAAAUGAUCGGUUUCUAAUACAGAUUGCUUCUCUGUUUUGUUAGUAUUUAUUGGUACAAAAUACGCUUGUUUAACCCAUUCUUGCCCACCGCAUUAGCAGUGCCAACUGCUAGAUUUUGUAAACUUCAGAGCAAGAGAAUGAGAGGAAUUAAUGAGAAAUACACUCAAUAAGUGGCUACUUCUGUCUCAAGUGCCAGAUAAAAAAAGAAUAAUAAAACCCCCUCCCCAAAAAUGUAAAUUGUGAUGCAAGACAUUUAGAUGGUUAUGUAUUAAAAUCCGAAUGUUAAAAUUUCUAAAAAUUUUAUUUUUUUUGCACUCGAAAACUCCCUGAUUUAUUAUACCCUGAUGCUGCAAAAAGCCAUAUUCCAAAAAUCUCCCAUCUCAGACAUGUUGAGGUCCUCUGUAAGUCAACGCCUAUCUCAGUUUUCGAGGUCUGCGAUGGGUUUAGCCCGAAAAUCUGACUUGGGGUUUUCUGGCAAAAACUCAAAAAAAUUCAAGCAAAUUGGGGAAAAAAGCCUGAAAAAUUCGAGCAAUUCGGGGAAAAAGCUCCAAAAAUUCAAGCAAUUCGGGGAAAAAAGCCCGAAAAAUUCAAGCAAUUUAGGAAAAAAGGCCAAAAAAUACAAGCUAUUCUGGAAAAAGCCAGAAAAAUUCAAGCAAUUCAGGAAAAAAAAGCAUGAAAAAUGUGAGCAAAUCGGGAGUGAUUCGGUCUUUUGCUCUAUUUUAUCGAGUUAUUCCACAAUCUGAUUUUAAUAGAGUUUUUAUUUUAAUAAAUAAGCUAAAAUCAGGCAUGGGUGUGGUUUUUUAAAAUAAAAUGAGAUACAUUCGGAUUUUAGUAAACAAAAAAAAAAACCUUAAUCAAUAGAGAUUUUAAUUUACUAGCAUCUACAAUUGCUGAAAAUUGUAAACAAAAACCUCAAAUUGACUAAAUACCCUAACACCCCCUUUCCUGAACUCCCCUACCCAAACACUAGAGACGCCAAUACCAUGUGAAUGAAUAAACUGGGGAGCCUCCAUACAAACCUUAUAUGGAAGAUGCCAGACAAGGGGAAUUCAUGGAACUCAGAGAACUUUGUUGUAUCGCUGGAUCAACAGUUUUUGAUUUAAAUAAGCUGCCACCACUGCUUCCCUAUCCAUAACUAAACAUGGACACUCAACAUUCUGGCAUUGGAAUCAAUGUUGUAGGAUUUAGAAGCAAUUUCCAUACUGUGUAAAUAUUAGAACAGAGAAGCUACAGUUCAGCACACAAACGUGGAGUUUCUAUUGGUUUCUGUAUCCAUUUAUGGCUAGGACUUAAUAUGGAUAGAGAUGACAGGUAUCAAUGGAACAUUUUCAACCAAACCUGUGUGCCCACAUCCAAACGACCCAAAUGCUGGAAUAACCUGCAUGGAAUUAGUCAGGUUCUAGGUGACGCAUUGGUAAAUCAGGGGCACAAUCAAAGGGCAAAUGGAUAAUGACCUACCAUCUAAAUUCAAUCAUUUUGCAAACCACCAGAAGUUUGGAUCAAGUCCUUGUACUGGACAUUUCUGGUACCAGUUUUUAUAGUCAAAUUAACAAAAUGCCUGUAUGUGUCCAGCUUAAAGGGCACCCUAAAAAGGGUUAAACUAAAAUAUUUCCCCCCAUCACCGGUGCGGACUAAUAGAGCCCGCACUUCAGUUGGGAAUAACCCACGUUUUUUUUUAAAUUUGCCCUUUUCACUGGAAGGAAGCUCCUGGUUCAAGCGGCCAUGUUAGGGCACAUGCAUGUGAUUAAGAUUGAGUAUAUGGGAGAUGGCCUUCCUGUGAUUCAGAGCUUACUGGAUAAGGGGUUUCCAGAUAACUGAUCCUUGACUUGUACAAAUUAUAAUACUAAUGUUAACUGUCUGAGAUGUGUAGCCAAAAUUAGAUUUACAGGUAUGGGAUCUAUUAUCAAAACCCGGGAUCUUUCCAUAAUUUGGAACUCCACGCCUCUAGAAUGCUAAAAAAACAUUUCAAUAUUGAAUAAACCCAAUAGGAUUGUUUCUCUGCCAUUAAGAAUGAAGUAUAUCCUAGUUGGGAUCAAGUACAAGCUACUGUUUUACUAUUACAGAGAAAAAGGAAAUUGUUUUUAAAAAUUAGAAUUAUUUGCUUAAAAUGUGCUCUGUGAUGGCCUUCCCAUAAUUCAGAGCUUUCUGGAUAGGGGAUCCCAUAUCUGUACAAUGAAAACUAAUAACAGGUGUGACCCGAUACCAAGCUGGACAUAAUAUAUCAAUAUAUACACAAUCUAUAUAUAUAUAUAUACAGCUUUCAGACAGUACACAUUUCCAACUGGCAGUUUCCACAGAAAGCAGACCAUUAAAUCAUACCUUUAUAAUUUGUAAAUAGAAUUUAGCAGGAACGCUUGGUAUAAAUAUUUGUAUAUUACCUACACAUGUAAUGUAUUGUAUUGCUAAAUUAUCGUGUCAUAUUUAAGUAUUUUCCUUACGUAGAAAGUUGCAUGCUGGUUUCUUAAUUCUUUUUCAAAUAAACUGGGGGGGGGAAAAUGAAAA